GUAUUGCCGCCCGCUCCGGCAGGGUCCGACACCGGGCGAGGCUUUGAUUUCAUUUUCGACACGUGGAUUCGACCUGGAAAUUGACACGUGCCAAGAAAGCAUGGUCAGUGCCACGAAGAUGACCUGGCUUCCAACAAGCUCGGCGUCUCCAAGUCAAGCCAACACAGGAGCUAGAGCGACUUCGACAAGCACAGAAUGGUCCUCCUCGCAGCGUCGGUCUGCACGCGGGGCGGCAAGCCCGUCAUCUCGCGCCAAUUCCGCGAGAUGCCCAGGUCGAGGGUCGAGGCGCUACUCGCCUCGUUUCCCAAGCUCAUCUCGACUGGAUCGCAGCACACGACAAUCGAGACGGACACGGUCCGCUACGUCUACCAGCCGUUGGAGGACCUGUACAUGAUCCUGAUCACCAACAAGUCCUCCAACAUCCUCCAGGACAUCGACACCCUCCACCUGUUUGCCAGGACGGUGUCAGACAUGUGCCGGAGUUUGGACGAGCGUGACGUGCUGCGCAACAGCUUUGAGCUCCUGGGCGCGUUUGACGAGAUUGUCUCGCUCGGCUACCGCGAAAACGUCGGCCUGGCGCAGAUCAAGACGUUCCUGGAGAUGGAGAGCCAGGAAGAAAAGAUACAGGAAAUCAUCGAGAGGAACAAGGAGCUCGAGGCGCAAGAGGAGCUCAAACGCCGGGCCAAGCAGCUCGAGAUGCAGCGAAGAGAGGCUGCUCGGCGAGGACAGAUGGCCUACUCGGGCAACUCGGGCGGUUUUGGUGCUUCAGGUGGAUACCAGGGUGUGCGCCAGUUCGAAGGGGCUACCAACACCGCCCCCGUCGUCCGCGACACGGGCGCGACGCCCUCUUCGGCGCCGGUCAAGCCCGCAUUCAAGUCCAAGGGCAUGCAGCUGGGCAAGAAGAGCAAGACGGCCAACUUGUUUGGUGCCGAGGCCGAGGACGAGGAGCCACUGCCAGCCCAGGCAGCUGCUCCAGUAUCAAGAGCGGCGCCAGCAGCAGCAGCGACAUCAGCAGCGACAGCGUCGGCGACGACGAGACCGUCCUCCAAGACGGUGGACCCCAUCGACCUGUUGCCGCCCGUGACCCAGGAGGGUGUGCACCUCGUCGUCAAGGAGCGCAUCUCGCUGCAGGCCACACGAGACGGCAGUCUCGAGUCGCUCGAGGUCAAGGGCGACCUGGAGCUGCGCAUCACCGACCCCACGCUGUCCAAGGUUGCCGUCCAAGUGACGCCUGCCUCGACGUCUUCGCUCCUGCCUGCCUCUGCACUUCAGUUCAAGACGCACCCACACGUUGACAAGGCCGCCUGGGCCGAUGGCCGCCUCAUCAAGCUUCGCGACGCCAACAAGCCCUUUCCUGUGCGGCAAAACCUGGGCGUGCUGCGGUGGCGUGCUACGACAAAGGACGAGACGGUGGUGCCGCUCAGCGUCCAGUGCUGGCCCUCGCCCGCCGAAGAUGGAUCGGGUGCGUGCGACGUCAUGAUCGAAUUCGAGCUCGAGAACAAGGCACUGCAGCUGCAAAACGUCGUCAUUGCCGUGCCCCUGCCCCCGGACGUCGAGGCACAGAUCGGCGAGGACCCAGAGCACGGGACGGUCGACGUCGGCGACGGCACCAUCGAGUGGCACAUCGAAGCCAUCUCCGAGGAGGCCGGCGUCACGAGCGGUCAGCUCGAGAUCAAGGUCAACGAGGGCGCCGCCGACCCCGACGUCUUCUUCCCCGUCUCGGUCGACUUUGUCAGCCCAGACAAGACGCUGGGCGACAUUGUCGUCGACAAGGUCUCGCUCGCUGGCUCGGCGGCCCCCGUCACCUUUUCGACACAGUCGGUCCUCAGCGCCGAUGGCUACUACAUCAACUAGCCAACCAUCCUUCUCCCUCCUGCCCACUUUCUCUCAAUCACAUUCCCCCACACACACACUCUCUCUGUCUCUCUCGGUCUUGUAGUAGUAAUACAAAAGAGCAGCGCUUCAAUUGACUGGCUUGACAAGACCUCGAGCGAUGCUGUAGUAC